AUGGCGUGGUCAAAGUCAACGCGGAUCAGCAUCAUGCUGGGCAUUGAUAUCGUCUUCUUCCUGGUUGAGUUAAUUGUUGGUCUGAUUGUCAAGUCGCUGGCCCUGACGGCAGAUGCCUUCCAUAUGCUCAACGACAUCAUCUCCCUUUGUGUCGGGCUCUGGGCUGUCGCCGUUGCGAGAAAGGCCACGACCGACAAGUAUUCCUACGGCUGGCUUCGAGCUGAAAUCCUCGGUGCUUUCUUCAAUGCCGUUUUCCUGAUUGCCCUCUGCGUCUCCAUCAUCCUCGAAGCCAUUACCCGAUUCUUCGACCCUCCCGAGAUCGACAACCCCAAGCUCAUUCUAAUUGUCGGCUCUUUCGGCCUCGCCUCUAACCUCGUCGGCUUCUUCGUUCUCGGUGGCCAUGGUCACUCCCAUGGUGGCCAUGAUCACGAUCACGGCGAUGACGACCACGACCACGAUCACGCACAUGCCCACUCCGAUGAACACGCUGCCGAGGAAGGCCGCGCCACUAAUGUCUCCGACCACGCCGCCCGCGACGACGAUGGCAAUGUUGGGGAUGUCCUCCCUGAGGCUGUUGUCGCCAAAGCAACCUCCGGCCCUGAGACGCCACGCCGCAUUAGAUUCGAGAGGGAGUCAGACCCCUCCGGCCGAUAUUCUAGCCGUGCUUCUACCUCCAAGGGUCAGGACCGCCGCAAGACCGGCAACCGCCACCACGCGCGUCUCACUAGCAUUGAUGACAUCAGUAUCCACCCCUCUAGCUUCCGCCAGGAAAUCAUCGCAGCCAGCCAGCCCCAACUCGACGGCCAGGAGUCGACCAGCGAGAGCGAGGUGGAGGAAAAUGCUAUUGAUGACGGCGAGCCUGACGAGGAGUCGCCCCUGCUCAAGUCUAAUGGUAACAACAAGUCUUACGUGAUCGAGCAACCCCGUGGCCGCUGCGGCUCCAAACGCCCAAGAAGAGAGUCAAGCUUGCACCACAACCACAACCAUAACAAGGAGAGAAAGAAGGCAAAGGGCGGUCACGGUCACGACCAUGGCGACAUGGGCAUGAACGCUAUGGUUCUUCACGUCAUCGGUGAUGCUCUGGGCAACGUCGGAGUCAUUGUCACUGCGCUCAUCAUCUGGCUGACCGACUGGCCUGGUCGCUUCUACGCCGAUCCUGCCGUCUCUCUCUUCAUCACUCUCAUCAUCCUCAGAUCUGCUAUUCCCCUUACCAAGGCGACUUCCAAGAUCCUCCUACAAGCCACUCCCGACCACAUCGACCUUAACGAGAUCCGUGAAGAUAUUCAAAACCUGCCGGGUGUUAUCAGUUGCCAUCACGUACACAUCUGGCAGCUCUCUGAUACCAAGAUUGUUGCCUCGAUGCACGUCCAGGUUAGCUUCCCUAUCUCGGCCGAGGGCGGUGAGAAGUACAUGGAGCUUGCCAAGCGGGCCCGAAAGUGCCUCCAUGCCUAUGGCAUCCACGCCGCCACUAUCCAACCCGAAUUUUGCGGCGACAAAGACUACCCAGAGCCCGAAAACGCUCAUCGUGCCCUUCAAUAUGACGGUGCUGCGACAUCAUUCGGUUCUCCCCAGCAGGCCUGCCUUCUCGAGUGUGUAGAAGACUGCGUUGGCAAGGGUUGCUGUACGGAUUCAAAUGCGGGUGGCAGCAGCCUUCGCAGCAACUCCGCCCACAGUCAUGACGAUCACAGCCACAGCCACGGUCACUCACACUAA